CAGGAUGGUACUUGAGAGCGUGGCCCGCAUCGUGAAGGUGCAGCUCCCGGCUUAUCUUAAGCGGCUCCCAGUCCCGGAGAGCAUUACCGGCUUCGCCCGGCUCACAGUUUCAGAAUGGCUUCGGUUAUUGCCUUUCCUUGGUGUACUUGCACUACUUGGCUACCUUGCAGUCCGUCCAUUCUUCCCGAAGAAAAAACAACAGAAGGAUAGCUUGAUAAAUCUUAAAAUACAAAAGGAAAACCCUAAAGUGGUGAAUGAAAUAAACAUUGAAGAUUUGUGUCUUACUAAAGCAGCUUAUUGUAGGUGUUGGCGUUCAAAGACGUUUCCUGCCUGUGAUGGUUCCCACAAUAAACAUAAUGAAUUGACAGGAGAUAAUGUGGGUCCACUCAUACUGAAGAAGAAAUAAGUGUAAUAGUAAUGAUUUAGGAUUGGUCAAUUGUGUGCUGUAAAAUCUUCCAACAACAUUUUCUCAUUCUUUGUGUAUAGAAAAUCUUUGAAAUGGUGGUUUUAAUUAUUACUACUGGCUGAAUAAUUAUUUCUGCCAAUUUAUUUUCUUGCUACACUACUGUUUAUAUUUGAUACUUAGUAUAUUCAAAGUCAUUUAUGUAGAAGUUAUUUGUCAAGCCUCAUUCUGACUUCAAAGAAUUAAUGUAUAUUUCGGCAAUAAAAUCCAUACUUCUGGUUUUAAUUAA